GUGGGCGGGACGUGGCGGGAACGGAAGUGCACGGUCUCGCUGUCGGCGCGCAGUGGGACGGACGGCUGGGUUCGCGGUAGCCCCAGGUGGUCCUUCCUCUGUUCUCCUCUCCCUCGUUUUUUAAUAAUACAGAAGUGAGCACCUGUCCAUUUCCAAGACACAUUUGACCCACAGAUCUAUUUCUGCUUGUCAUAGCCCCUGAAGAGAAAGGUCAGCACAAUCAUGGCAGGGUUUUUGUGCUCAAUAAUUCGGAGGCCCCCAGGCCGACUCCAAACCGUGACAAAAGGUGUGGAGCCUCUUAUUUGUACAGACUGGAUUCGUCACAAAUUUACAAAGUCAAGAAUUCCGGAUAAAGUAUUUCAACCUUCACCUGCAGAUCAUGAAAAAUAUGGUGGGGAUCCACAGCACCCUCAUAAACUGCAUAUUGUUACCAGAAUAAAAAGUACAAAGAGACGUCCAUAUUGGGAAAAAGAUAUAAUAAAGAUGCUUGGGUUAGAAAAAGCACAUACUCCUCAAGUUCACAAGAAUAUCCCUUCAGUGAAUGCAAAACUGAAAGUGGUUAAGCAUUUGAUAAGGAUCAAGCCCCUGAAGCUGCCACAGGGACUUCCAACAGAGGAGGACAUGUCUAACACGUGCCUCAAGAGCACUGGGGAAUUAAUAGUGCGGUGGCAUCUAAACCCUGUAGAUCAGGAAGCUGUUAAGUCCUAAUUGCAGAGCAAUUUCAUAUUUAAAAAUAUAAAUCAUUUAAAGGUAGUGAGAAAGUGUUCUCAUUAAAAUAUAUUUUAAAUAGUAGUCAUUUUCACUGUCUAAACAUGGUGUGAUUCUUCCUUAAAUAGCCUUGGAGGUUUCAUUGCUAUUAUUUGGUCUUUCUCUUUUUUCCCUCUGAUUUCAUUGCAGAAUGGGCAAGAAUGGUGUUAUUUGAAUAUCUGGGUUCAGAUGUCACCUAGCAAUAACUAUUGACUUUUUAAAAAUACUGUUUUCUCUUUUAAUUGAAUUCAACAAAUUCUGUGACUGUCUUUUUGAGUGAGCAGCCUGUUAUGUGUAGAGAAAUGCACAGCUGAGGCUCUCUGGGUGGCUCAGUGGUUUAGUACUUGCCUUUGGCCCAGGGAGUGAUUCUGGAGUCCCAGGGAUUGAGUCCCACAUCAGGCUCUCUGUCGGGACCCCGACAUGGGACUUGAUCCCGGGACUCCAGGAUCGCGCCCUGGGCCAAAGGCAGGCGCCAAACCGCUGAGCCACCCAGGGAUCCCCAAGUAUGGGCUUUUUGAUUAGAUAGCUUGAUAAAAUUUUAAAGCCUCCAAGUUACUGUCUAAAUCAUCUGUCCUUCUUUAUAAGUGUAUACAUGUCAAAAUUUGUUAACUGCAUUAAAUUUUUCUCUCAAUUAACUUGAUCUUAUGUAAAUAAGUUAAUAAAGAAUCUUUGGAAAUCUA